AUUGUUUUUACAGCUUUACAACACUGGCCGUCUGCUCCGGGGUCGUGAUUGUUUUAAUUUUGUUUAAAGUUUUUAGCAUUAUUUAUCAACUUUCGUGUCGUGUGUGCAUGGUCGCGGCCGUGUUUAUGUCCCGAAGCAUAGUUACGUGUGUUUUUAAAUCGUCAGAAUGGCCAAAAAGAUACCAUUUAAUGUAGUAUUUGCCUCAGACGAGGAUCCUAACUUUCCGGCCAGCGAACUGAACACACAUGGACCCACUGUGCACGGCUGGAGGAGCACGGUGGACGGCAACCUGACCACACACGACAUAAUUCUGCGUUUCCAGCAGCCGGCCAAGAUUUAUCGCAUCCAACUCUUAGCCCACCAGUAUCUCAUACCUGAGAAAGUUGAGCUUUGGCUGCACUAUUCACCCAAGUCGUUGCCCAGCACACCGUCGUCGCAAUACUUUGAUUUCCUUGGCUUUGUGGCUCUGGCCGAUAAUGCCAACACAAACUACAAGUCCCGUGAGCUGCAGAGCGUUACCGUCACUCCAAGGCGGGGCACGCAUCUGAAGCUGCGCCUCAUCGGAUCCCAAAGCAAUGAGUACAACAGAACGGGGCAGAUCUCCCUGCUGGCGGUCAAUGUACUGGGCGAGGAUCUGGACGUCGGCACUGGUAGCAAUGGCAACGGCAAUGGGAAUGGCGAGGAGCACAUUGUCAGCGAGGCCCCACCGCUGGACACGGCCACCGGGGAACUGGCGCUGGCCUCCAUUUGUGAUGACUUGCUCUUCUCCAUGUACGUGGAGGAGUCCAUUGUGAAGUACAUCAGGGAACUGGAGCAGCGUAAAACGCUGGCGGUCAGCUCGGAACGAUUUGAAUACGCCCGGAAGCUGAAGCUCUGCAUGACGGCACUGCGGACAGCGGGAGAGCGUUUGGGCCGAUACUCGCUGGCCAAGCGGCAAGCGGUGCAGCAGGAGGACUUCACCACCGCCAGGCUAAGGAAGGAGCAGAUGGAAAUGUAUCGAGCGUCUGUGCUGAGGCAGCUGCAGGUGCAGCAGCUCCUGGAGUCACAGGGCGUCCAGAGCUCGAAUGAUCAGAGCUGUGAGAUCUAUGCGGGAGGAAAGCCGAGCCUGCCACCAGCUCCAAGUCUCCAGGAAGUGGCCCACGCACUGGCCGAGGCGGCCCUAAGUCCAAAGAGCAUUACCAGCCUGAGUCAGGACGAUAAAUCUUCGACAGAUGGUUCUUUGGGACAGGCCAGCAAUGAGAGUGUGGUGGUCGUGUCAGCUGCCCCAGUCCCAAUCGCACCAUCUGCCAUCCAUGCCACGCCCACACAUACUGGUGGCUGGCGGAAGUCCCACGACGAGAUACCCCAAUCGCCGCGCCUACCAUCGCGCCACAGUUCGCCCAUGUGCAGCCGCCAGGGAUCGCUGCGGCGACGCAACAAGAGUGUUCCUCGCAACUCAUACGAGGACUACGAGGAGCGCGCCAUACCUACAUUGAGGCAUUCAAAUACCAAUGAAUUUUUAAGGGAGUGCCAAGGCAAUGCCCUGCUGGAAGCGGAUCCAAACCGGGGACGUUCGCGCCUCAACGAUCGCGAACGUCGCCAGGCAGCCCUUCCCAUUCUGGUCUUUGGCAGUGAGCUGGUGGAGCAAUUCUAUUCGCGGCAGUUUCAGGACCGGGAGGAUGGCUUGAUGCGACUGCGGAACUUUCUAAAAGAGCUCGAGGUGGUGGAAGUGGCCAGCAAUGAGCACGCAGCCAGUCCCAAUAAGGUGGCACGCAGUGCUGCCCUGCUGCUUCAUCGAGCCGUGCGUGACGCCGUCUAUUCCGUCUUCAGCCAGGCCACGGAGACGGUUCGCGUCCUGUUCCUGGAAUAUGUGCCAGGACGUGUCUCGCCCAGUGAGGUGGCCCGGUGUGUGGACCGCCUGCUGCCCGAGCUACUAGCCAAAUCGGGCGAUCCUUCGGCCCGCCUGCACACCCUGGCCCAGCACACCAUACUCAGCAUUGCCGCCUGUCCGGAAGUGGCCGAGCAGUGUCUGGUGGCUCCGGCACUCUCCCGCAGCGUGGGAUCCGGCACCCAUCAGCGUCUAGCCAUGAGCCGUCUGCAAAUGCUCGAGCAGCUGGUGCACACGCAGGGCAUCAGCACCGACAAGCACAGUGGUCUGACCUGCCGGGCACUCUCGGAAUGCGGAUGUUCUGGUAUCCACCAUCCAGCCGAGCCCGUGCGCAAGGUGGCAGAACGCAUACUUCUGCUGGUCUACAAGAUCAAUCCUCGCAUGGUGCGCAAGCAGCUGCCCCCCGACGAUGACAUCACCCGUCGCAAUCUCCUGUACAGACAACUGUUCACCGAAUUCGAUAAGCUGGAUCUGGACCGCAAGCAGGAGCUGCUCGAGGCCAGCAAAUACGUGGGGGAGCACAGUUCCGGAGAUGCAGCCAUGCCACCGGCAGACAAGCCCACAACCAGUUCGGAUGCCUCGCGUCUGCUCAAAAGUAAGAGCGGCCAGGGCCUGGGCCUCGCUGCCAGUUCCAGCAACGGAUAUGCCAGUUGCAAUGGAAAGCAGCAAUACAACGAGCAGCUGAAACGUUCAAUGCUAUCCGCAUCGAAUUCUCGAAAGGGGUCUGCCUCCAAUUCGGAAUCCACCGAGGACAACACACCCAAGAUACAUUGUCCUUUUUGUGACUGGUCGUGUGCUGGAAGUGAUGCCACCCAGCUGGAUCGACACUACUGGAAGGCCUGUCCCUUUCUCACCAAGUGCCCACAAUGCAGUCAAGUGCUGGAGGUAGCCGCCCUCAACUAUCACCUGACCACGGAAUGCGAUGCCAAGGAGAGCUAUGUGGUCUGCGCCCGCUGUACGGAAUCGGUGCACAAGCAGCUCUACGAGCUGCAUCAGAUGGAGGACUAUUGUCGGGAACUGAAAACGGGCGCGGCACGCUGUCCACUCUGCCAUGACGAUGUGCACCUACCUCUGGAUGGCGGCUGGAAGUUGCAUCUCCUAAGCGCCGCCGGCUGUCCCGGGAAUAUACGCAAAAAGAAUCCAAAGAAAUCAAACUGAAUCUAAGUCAAUCUAAUCGAUUAAUCGGCAUAUGUAGCGAAUUUACUAGAAGCAACUAUACUUAUCCAGGAUAUGCGUAUGAUAUAUAUGUAUAUCUAGGUGCAUAUACAUAUAUACAACAUUCCAGCUGCAAUGACGUUAAUUAAGCGUUAAUUAAAUCAAUUUGUUUUACACUCUACAUUCCUUUUAGACACAUUUUGUUAUGCGAAUUAGUUAAUUCAAGGAUACGGAUUAGUUUAUGUGUAGUUUCUUUUGUAUGUUUUUUACGCAAUGUGAUUUGUUAAGUAUAACACGAAUUUUCGAAACGUCCUUACAAUAAAUACAGCCAGCCCAUCCAAACAGUUUUAAA